CUGUGUCCCAAAGGAUUUGGCAAUACGAUACAUGCCCUUUGUAUGUAUCUUUUUAACUUACUUGGCAGUCAAUUUGGGUUGUCAUCUCUAUCGAUUCUACACACCCCUCCCCCAAAAAGUUAACGGCUUAUCCCGACAUGACUGUCAAGAUUUCACGAGCAUAUCCGUCCAGCUCCACCCGUUUGACUCUUUUCAUUCGCAUUGUGAUGGUUCUCUCUCCCCACCAGCUGAGGAGUAUGCUGAUGAAUCUCUUAAAAGCUUGGCCCUAUCCGUGUGGAUUUUUAUCUUUCUGGAUGGUCUCAUCCCAUGCGACUCUACAUACACGACUACGCAAUCCACUCGCCCAUUGAUAAACCCCAACCUGUUAUCACCCGCUUUUUGUGAUACGUCCUGUACAUCCAUGAUGCACUCCAACUCCAAUUGAUAGGAGGGGCACAUAGAAGACUCAGUGUACUUCAUUUGGCCAUACAGCCCAAAUGACCUCGUCUCAACGUCAGCUCAGUCUUACGCGGCUCUGAUCAACAGACUAAAAAUGUCACCAUUUUUUCCU